AUGCUUCCAUUUGUUCUUCAAUUAGGCGCCUAUAAUCGGAGCAAUUCAGGAGAAGAAUUUCAGAUUUUAGAGAAUGUUCUCACUCUAAGUUUCAAUUUAGGCACCUAUGAUCUCUUGAGCACUCUCAAAACCACCCCUCCUACGCCUUUUGCCGAACAGGACUUCCUGAACAUGUUUUUCAGGGGCAUUUACGAGUCAAUUCCACAAAUUUACAACUUGGUUCUGACCAUGCUCUGGCGCCACUAUGAGAACAUCGAGCUUGAGAAAGUCAAGGUAGUUCAUUACUGUGCCGCCGGAUCAAAGCCGUGGAGGUACACCGGCAAGGAAGAGAACAUGGACCAGGAGACAUCAAGAUGUUGCUCAAGAAAUGGAGGGACAUUUACAAUGAUGAGUCCUUGGAUUGCAAGAACAUCUUAA